AAUGUCUCAGUACAGUCUCUAAAAGCAUUCAUCAUGAAUAUUAAUAAAAAUUUAUUAACGGUGGUUGCUCUAUUGAUAUUAUUUUGUCAGGCGUUUUCAUAUCCAGAUGUACGGCAAAAUCAAAACCAUGAAGGUGUCGAAAAUGCUGUAACACUACAUCAAAUUGAAGAGCAAACUGUUGAUUCAAAUUCACAGGACAAUUUGAAACGGCCAACUCGUAAAGUUGAAUGUCCGUUUAGUAAAUCAAAAAGUUCAAGAUCAUCAAGCUCUCGAGUAUCAGGCUGUCCAUUUUCAAAACAUUCAUCUCCACAGAAAACCUACGCGAUUGUAAAUACUUGUGAAGAAAAUGGUGGAACGUCAAACUUUGUUUCACAAUUUAGUAUCAUUGUAGAAGAACUUUUCACGCGAAUGAAAGAUCUGAUGGAUAUCAUGCCAUUAGCUCUAGACAAUAUAAAAAAUCAAGCAAUUUUAAGACCGGGAUUAACUGAAGUCGUGGAAAUAACUUCUGAAAGUUGUGCUAAAACUCAAAAGGAUCUUUCUGGGUUUUUUGAUUUCUUCGGUAAUAUCUUUCAAUCACAUAAAUCCGAGUCCGAACGGUAUGAAUAUCCAGAUGUUGACGUCAGUGGUUGCUUGGAAACGAUUAAGGAACAUCUACUGAGUUUUCUUGGGUUUUUGAAGCCAUGUAUGAAACAUUCUGAAGAUGAGACGACCCAAAGAUUAUCAAAAAUAGAAAAAUAUCUUGAACUUCUUGUACCAUCUAAAUUCAAAUCUUUGUCAAUGCCAUGCAUGUCAUCACAGAAAACAAUUAAGUAUCCAUCACUGUUUAAAAAACAUACAAGUUCAACUAUAAAUAAUUGUAAUGAUGACGUUUCAUUAACUAAUCAAAUUCAGACGUUACGUGAAUUAUCUAAUUUUAUGAAUCAAUUUCCUGGAAUUAUAAAUGACGUGAUGACUGCAGUCAGAAUGACAACACAAAUGCAGGGGCAGACAAAAGAAGCUUAUUCAAAUUUUAAAAUUCAUCCAUCUUUUCCAAUGCCAGAUUCUUCCUGUCAACAAAAAAUCAUACCUGUUCAACCUCAGUACUCAGCUUCUAAUUUUGAUUUUUCUAAAAUAUUCGAAAUGAUUUCUCAAUCACCUUUGAGAAAUACUCAAACGGCUAAUGGAAUGUCUACUCAAGUAACUUCUAUUUUGCCUAAAACCGAGCAUACUAAAAAUUUCCAAUUAACAUCGGGAAUUUCUCCUUCCUGUUCAGGACAAAGCAUUAUUGAUCAAGUGUCUAUGGGAAUGUCUUCUAAUGGAAGGAAUCAUAAUUUAGAGAGUUAUUUACUGACACCCAGCUUUAAUACUCACUCUUCAAAUACAAAAACUGAAAAUACAUACACGGCAAGUUUGUCGAAUUUAGAUUUGUUAAAUGUCAAAGUUCGCCUGGAAAGAUCCACUGUCAAGACCAUUUUUAAUGAUCGUAAUCCUCAAGCUGGUGAUAUAAUAAUUAUCAAUAUUACUAAUGAUGUUUAUCUUGUCGGAGUGCCUUCUGAUGAUUUUGGUCCUAUAGUAUUUAAUUAUCUUUAUCGAGGUGUUUCCCAUAAAUCACCUUAUAGUUAUCACACAGUAAUAUGGAACCUAUCCAGUCAAGAUUUUGCUUGUAAUCCACAAAUAUUAAAUGAAAUGGUAUCUCAUCAAAUAGUAUAAACAACUGUCAUUAUGAUUAAAUAUAACGAUUUAUGUAAUAAUAUUAUUUAUUUUCAUUUACAAAGAGGAUAUGUCAUUUCUAUAAUUAUAUAUUUAUUACUAAUUAUCUUACAAUAAACAAAAUUAUCAGCAAACAAAUUUUAUUAAUGAAUUUU